AUAAUAUCAUUCUCAUUAGGCGCGCUCGGCUCAUCGUGUUCAAAUGGCCAAGUAAAUUUUACUUUAUAGUUUAUAACAUGGUUGCGAGUUGUGACUUGUGUUUUGUAUAAUAAUAUGAUCACAGAUUAUCUGUGAUAUUAUCAUGGCCGGCUAUCCACGUUUUUUUUUUUGAGACUGCAAGUCCGUCCUGAGUAAACCUAUUCUGUAUUUCUAUGGUCUUACUACAACAGUCCGACGGUGUCGGACACUCGCCUUCUCGGCAGUUGGAACUUUGAAACCCCGAAAAAUGUUCAAACGUCAGUGUUGUUGGUGACUCUGCGGUGACCGGUGCCUGUGCCGUCAGCCCGCGCUCUGCAAUAUUGCAUUGCAAGUGCCUUGUGUGACUGUGGUUCAUCUUCAUUCUUAUUCUAAAUACCUAAAGUAUAAUAUAUACUUACCGUCAUAACACAAUUACCUAUAUUGUUAUUUGUAUAUAAUAUUAAAUAACAUGGACUCUCGAGAUCAAAAUAACAGUAUGAACAAUGCAUCAAAAAAAAAAUCAUCCAAACAAGAAAAUAGUAUAACUUCAUUUAAAGCUAUAUUAAACCAAGAAGUUUGUUUUGAAGAUGACAAUAAAGAACGAUGCCUUAAUAAUUUAUCCAUUGGGGACUUGAAAACUAAAGUUAAUUUGUAUAAUUCGUGGUACUUGCAAAAUAAAAUCAAUGUAGAUAAUGCAUUUGAUAUAGAUUUAAUCAGUUGUGUACGACAAAUGGUAAAGAGAUCUAAAGAAACGGAUAUUUUGUUAAUUAGUAAUACAUUUGAUGCCAUUAGUAAGGUGUACUCAUGUAGAGUUGAUGAUAUUUUGAAUACUGGUAAUAAAUUAGUUAAAGAAUUUGUGGCAGAAACCAAAAACAAAAAGCUUGUUAAAGAGAAUGAGACAAAAACAAAACAAAAAUCUAGAAAAAAACUAAUGUUAACAACAGCAGAAAAGUUGCGCUCUAAAGACAAACAAAUGCUACCAAGAAAACAUUUUUUUAAUGUUAAUUUUGACAAUGAUAUGAUUGAUUAUGCAAACCCUUCAAGAAUAUUGAUGAAUAGGUAUUCUAAUGACACUUAUUGGCCAGAAUACAGUGUUUCCAAAAAUGUUCCAAAAGUGAAUAAAAAUCAACAAGAAACAUAUUAUGAAAUGGAAAAUUUAAGUCUUUUAAUCAAAAACGGAAAAAUUUGUCCGUCAUUUCAUAAAUUUAUUGCUGAACGUGAUAAAAGUACAAAUUGUGAUGAUGACACUGACACACACAAAUUAGAUAAUAUUCAAACACAUUUUAGUCCAGAAACAUCUGCAUUUUGUGCUAACAAUUCUGAAGACACUGAUGAUUUAAUGAAUGUAGAUUUUAACAAACCAAGUUCAGAAAUAAUAGUACAUACAAGUCCAGGACCAUCUAAUCAGAAUAGUAAUGGAUUUGGUAAACUAGAAAAUUUAAAUUCUUUAUCUCAGGCAUUAUCAUUGCUAGAUUUAACAAAUAGCAGUGAUUAUACAUUCUUUGAUCGUCAAAAAAUACGUAACUUUAAAUGUCCCAAUCAUUGGAAAGAGAAGUUCAAAAUGAUGAAAACUGACAGUAAACAGAAAGCAAUGCUUAUUAAGUCACGUGUAGCUCAAACACAUUCCGAAACUAAUGUUCCUGAAAAUAAAUGUAGCAAUUCAAGAGAUAUUCAAUUUAAGGUUGAUUUUUAUUUAGAUAAGACUACAACAUUAAAAAAUAUAAAUUGGAAUUCUGGUAAAAACCAAUGUAACUAUAAUAAAUGGGAACAAAGUAAUAACUUAAUUCCUUCAUCUCACCAAUGGAAUACUACACCUAUCAGACAAUUAGAAAAUUGCAAGUAUAUUAACAUGGUUCCUAACUGGUAUAAACAUGAAUUUGAGGAAUUAAAUUUGAAUACAAAACCAAACACAUUGUUCUUGUUUUCAGAACAAGAUAUUUUAAAAGACAGAUUAUUACUAGAUGAAGUUCCAGUAGAGAAUACAGACUAUAUUGACAAAAAUGUCAUGGACACUGAUCAUUAUUCCGAGGAUGGAAAUGAGGAUGAUGAAAUGAUGACUGAAAUAAAUAAUGACGACAAUUUAACCAUAGCUUUGAACCAACAAAAUACACCAGAUGAUGAUUAUGAAGAAUACAACCCCACUUGUAAUUCUGGAUACAUAGAUAUGCAAGAACUUAAAAAAUAUAUUAUGUAUGUUAUUAAACCAGAUGGUGAGAGAACAAAUAUUUUAUUAUCAUAUUUAAUAGAAGAAUUGCCAAAAUUUUUGUCAGAAAAUAUGAAAAAAAAUAUAAAUGUAUCCGUCAUAUUUGUUGCUUUGUUGCACUUAUGCAACGAGCACAGUUUAUCUUUGCAAGACAUAAAUGGUGAUGUUUUAAUUACUCAAGGUUCUGUAAACUUAAACAAUUAGAAUAGGUUUUUUAAAACAGUCUGCCAACAGCACUACAGAGAGUGUCUAAUUUACAGAAGAUCUCAGAGUAGAAAUAUAAUCAAAGUAUGCUGGUUUAUAUAGUAAUAUGAGAUAUUGUAUGUUUAUUUUUUUUUAAAUAUAAUUACUGUAACAAGAAUGUCAGAACAAUAUUCGAUAAACAAUUAUAAAUGUUUAAUUUACAUGUUGAUGAUAACAUUUUUUUUUUUAACUGUAAUUAUUUAUUUUUUUGAUUUAUACUAUUUACAGAAAAGUAAAUUAAAAAUAUUUUUUAGACUGUUUAAAACAUCUAAACAUUAAAUUAAUUAAUCAUUAUUAUUAAAACAAGAACAAUGCAUAAUAUUGUAUAAAUUAAUUAUUAAUCGUCUUAUUUCAAAAACAAAUAUACAAAGAAGAUAUAAAAGUAAAUUAUAAUUUGUUUAAUAUAAUGUUAAUAUUUACAAACACUUACACUGUUGGAUAAAUCCACUUUUCCUUGUCUACAAUAUCUACAUUUUUAUCUCUCAAGAUUUUGUAAACUUAAAAAUUUAAAAUAAAUUUUCUUAAACAAUCUACCAACAAUACUACAGUUAGUGUCUAAUCUACAGAAGACCUCAGACCAGAAAUAUAACCAAUGGAUGCUGGUUAAUAUAGUAAUUGAGAUAUUGUACAUUUCAGAUUUUUUUUAUUCAAUUGUAUUUUUCUUUGAUUUAUAGUAAUAUUACAGUAAAAUAAAUGAAAAAUAUCUUUUAGUCAUUUGUUUAAAACAUUUAAACAUUAAAUUCGUUAUUAUUCAAACAUAAGAACAUGAAUGCAUAUUGUUUUAAUUCAAAAUCAUUAAUUUAAAUAUACAAAAAAAAUCAUAAUUUUUUUAAUAUAAUGUUAAUAAUCACACACA